CAGAAAAAGCUGCUGGACCAAAUGCACUGACAGACUCCCCGGGAUAGAGGCUGACCUAUGAUAAGAACACUACAGCCAGAGAGCCUGCUUCCCUGACCGAGGAUUGUACCACACCACUGAGAUUGGGAGCGCUAUAUCUUCAAUCAGAACAGGCUGUUAUAGCAGAAGAAUGGAGACCAAUGGCUCUGUACGAAGCAGGGAUCACAGUUUACAAGAUGACGAGGAUUUGAAGUUUAUUUUGGUGGGAAGUCCACUGUCCAAAGUCAAGUCUGCAUCAUGGCAAAAGUCAAGGUUUUACAAGUUGCAAGAGGACUGCAAGACUGUCUGGCAUGACUCAAAAAAGAUCUUAAAGUCACCUGAGUCCCAAACAUUUAGCAUUGAUGACAUUGAGGACGUGCGUCCUGGCCAGGAGACAGAAGGGAUGAAACGUUAUGCUUCGACUGUGCCAAGUAAGCUCUGCUUUUCCAUCGUCUUCAAGGGAAAUCGCAAGAACCUUGAUCUAAUAGCCAGCACUAAUGAGGAAGCUGCUCACUGGACUGGAGGAUUAAGUAAAAUAAUGAGCAAGUCACGAUCCAUGAGCCAAAACCAAAAGGUACGGCAUUGGAUUCACACAUGUCUACGGAAAGCAGACAAGAAUAAAGACAACAAGAUGAGCCUCAAGGAGCUGAAGCGGUUCUUGCUGGAAGUAAAUAUUGAGACUGAUGACAACUAUGCAAAACAAAUAUUCCAGCAAUGUGAUAGAUCACGGACUGGAUCUUUGGAGGAUAAGGAAAUUGAAGAAUUUUAUAAAAUCCUUACAAUGCGAGAAGAAAUAGAUAUAAUAUUCAAGACCUACAAUAGCAGCGACGAUUUCAUGUCUGCUGAAAACCUGCAAAAAUUUCUAGCUGAGGAGCAGAGGGAGGCCAUGAGCCUGGAGCAGGUAUUCUCCCUGAUAGACAAGUAUGAGCCAACUGAGGAAGCUAAAAAUCAACAGGCCCUGACCAAAGACGGCUUCUUUUUAUACCUGCUGUCUGCUGAUGGCAAUGUAUUUAACCCAGAACACAGUAAAGUUUACCAGGACAUGAUGCAGCCACUGUCUCAUUACUUCAUCUCCUCUUCACACAACACUUACCUGAUGGAAGACCAGCUAAAAGGACCAAGCAGUACUGAGGCCUACAUAAGGGCUCUUACAAAAGGAUGUCGGUGUGUGGAGCUGGAUUGCUAUGACGGGCCCAAUGGGGAGCCCAACAUUUAUCAUGGCUAUACGCUGACGUCAAAGAUCCUCUUCAAAGAUGUCAUAACAACCAUAAAGAACUAUGCCUUCAAAACCUCUGAAUACCCGGUAAUCAUCUCUCUGGAGAAUCACUGCAGCCUGGAUCAGCAGAAGACAAUGGCCAAGCACAUGAAGGACAUACUGGGGGACAUGCUGCUGCUGAUGCCUGUUGAUGACAAAUUAAACCAGCUCCCAUCCCCUGAGCAACUAAAAGGGAAAAUCCUGGUGAAAGGUAAGAAGCUGGAGGCGCCAGAAAGCAGCCAGGAGAAUGGUGCCAGCAACGGCGCCCCAGUGGCUGAAGUUGUGUCUGAUGAUGUGUCUGAUGAGGAUGAAGCUGCAGAAAUGGAGGAUGAGGUGGUCAAGUCUAAAGUGAAUGCCAAAACAAGCACAGUUUCAAAGCUGAAGCUUGCCAAGGAGCUGUCUGAUACAGUGAUAUACUGCAAGAGUGUGCAUUUCCAUGGCUACGAAUAUGCAAUACAGCACCAGGCGUUUUAUGAGAUGUCCUCCAUCACUGAGAGCAAAGCAUUGAAGCUGGCCAAUGAGUCAGCAAACCGUUUUGUUCAGCACAAUAUUCGGCAGCUGACCAGGAUAUACCCUGAUGGCCGGAGAACAGACUCUUCCAAUUACUGCCCUGUAGAUUUGUGGAAUGUGGGCUGUCAGAUUGUGGCGUUGAACUUCCAAACCCCGUGUACAGACAUGGAUGUGUACCAGGGCAAAUUCCGUGAUAAUGGAUUUUGUGGCUAUGUGCUGAAACCCCCAUUCCUGCGAUACAAUCAGACUAAAUUUAAUCCAAAGUCUAUUCAUGAUGGAGAGUGGUGGACCCCUAAAAAGUUUCAUGUCAUGGUCAUUUCAGGGCAACAGCUACCAAAGCUGAACAAGAAGAAGAGUUCCAUAGUGGACCCCUUUGUAUCCGUAGAAAUACUGGGCGUCGCUCGGGACAAUGACAAGAAACAAACCAAAGUCAUAGAGAACAACGGAUUCAGCCCAAUGUGGAAUGAGCAUUUUGAAUUUUUAAUCGACGUGCCCACCCUCGCUCUUGUGCGAUUCCUGGUGGAGGAUUAUGAUGCCUCUUCGAGAAACGACUUUGUGGGGCAGUACACUGUUCCACUCACCAGCUUACAGCUAGGCUAUCGUCACAUCCACCUACUGAAUCGAAAUGGAGAUCCCCUUCCUUCCGCCACAUUGUUUGUGCACACCAUGCUCCAGGAAGCCAAAGUCUGAUCUACAACUACGUUUACA